UUUAUAUUUUUAAUUCUUAUAAUUAAUUAAAUCUCCAUAAACUAAAAUUCAAUAUUUUGAGAAAAAAAUAAAUGAUAUAAUAGAAUUACUAUUUUAAAAAUCUAAAAAAAUUUAUAAAAUCUUCACUUUAAUCUCAUUAGAUACUCCAUAUUAAACUGAGUAUGAAUUAAAUUGGUGACAGUGACAAAUAGGCAUCAGUCUUAGGUUCUAGUUUAAAAAAUUGCACUAAUCUAUCAAAUUUGAUACUUGAUCUAAAUUACAAUCAAAUUAGUGAUAAAGGUGUAUCAUACUUAGGUUUUGGUUUAGCAAAUUGCACUAAUCUCUCAAAUUUGACACUUGAUCUUAGUUAAAAUGAAAUUAGUGAUAAAGGUGUAUCAUGCUUAUGUUCUGGUUUAGCAAAUUGCACUAAUCUUUCAAAAUUGACAAUUUAUCUUAGUGAAAAUUAAAUUAGUGAUGAAGGUGUAUCAUGCUUAGGUUUUGCUUUAGCAAAUUGCACUAAUCUUUCAAAUUUGACAAUUUAUCUUUGUUCAAGUGAAAUUGGUGUAAUUGGUGCAUCAGGCUUAUGUUCUGGAUUAGCAAAUUGCGCUUAAAUAUCAAAUUUGACACUUGAUCUUCGUUACAAUGAAAUUGGCGAUAAAGGUUCAUCAAGCUUAGGCGCUAAUUUAGCAAAUUGCACUAAUCUGUCAAAUUUUUCACUUAAUGUUUAUAGGAAUUAAAUUGGUGAUGAAUUUGCAUCGGGAUUAAGUUCUGUUAUAACAAAUUGCACUAAUCUCACAAAUUUGGUACUUAAUCUUAGCUUUAACAAAAUUGGCGCAAUUGGUGCAUAAAGCUUAGGAUCUGGUUUAGCAAAUAGGACUAAUCUUUCAAAUCUAACACUUGAUAUUGAAAGUAAUGAAAUUAAUGCAACUGGUGCAUCAGGCUUAGGAUAUGGUUUAGCAAAAUGCACUUCCAUGUCAAAUUUUACACUUAAUCUUAACUUUAAUAAAAUUGGUGAUGAAGGUGCGUUAGCAUUAGGUUCCAGUUUAGCAAAUUGCACUAAUCUCUAAAAUUUGGAACUUUAUCUUUUAUCCAAUAAAAUCGGUGAUUAAGGUGCAUCAGGCUUAGGUUCUGGUUUAGCAAAUUGCACUAAUUUAUCAAAUUUGGAACUUAAUCUUAGUCGUAAUAAAAUCGGUGAUAAAGGUGUAUUAGCCUUUGGUUCUGGUAUAGCAAAGUGCACUAAUCUCUCAAAUUUUUCACUAAAUUUAGAUGAUAAUUAAAUUUCUUGUAAAGGUGCACCAGGCUUAGGAUAUUGUUUAUCAAAUUGCACUAAACUGUCAAUUUUAAGACUUGGUCUUAGUAACAAUGAAAUUGAAGAUGAAGGUGCUUAAGGCCUAGGUUAUGCUUUAGCAAAUUGCACUAAUCUCAUAAAUUUGAAUCUUGAUCUUGGUAGCAGUUUUGUUAGUGAUGAAGGUGUAUUAGGCUUAGGUUUUGGCUUAGUAAAUUGCAAAAAUCUAUUAAUAUUGACACUUACGACUGAUGAUUUAGAAUUCGAUAGAUCAUAAGAAUUAAAAGUAAAAAGCAAGUAUCUUAAAUCAAAGAGAUUAGUUGACUUAGUCCUUGACAUUUAUGAAAUAAUGUGA